AUGGACAUUAAUGAACCAUCAUUGAUGGACGUUGCACAUGACACGAUCAAUUCGACUCAAGGUCCGGCGCUAAUAGAAGUUGCUGACUCUCCUAGUUUGAAGGAAAAAGGCAGGGCUUUUUUCGUAGUAAUAGUGGGCGGGGGGCCGGACGGCUUUGUUUGCCCCAGCUUGGCUAAUCGCAUCCCCGCGCAACGACAUUCCGCCCCUUACCGUUCUCGCUCAGUCUUUGCAACGGCUGGGGAGGCAGUCGUAGAAGCGAAGCCUAUCGCCACGCCGACCAUAAAAGACGAGAUUGGGCCCCUUCUCAAAGAUUUGAUGGAAUGGCCCACCCAAGAGCGCUUAUGUAAUAUGGGAACUCAUGGCUGGAAACAAUCCUUCCUUAUGGUUUUGAUAUCCGGUAGGAAUAAUCAGAAUAAAAGUCCAGGUUGCCUAAAUGCUGAACUAUUGACCCUACUUGUUCGGAUGGGUGUUCACCCCAAAGUGUUCCCGGACCGCAUGCAUACAUACGACAGAAAAAACAUCCAAGGAAAAUGCCCUGCAACCAAUUACUGCCUAGGGAACCCAUUUGCUCGCCUGGCACGACAAACUAAAAACAGGAUGAUUGGAAACUGGCCUAGCAUAUGA